GGUGGGAGUUGGGGGAAUAUACUACUACACUUCUAUCUUCAUUAUCUUCUUUAGAUAGUUUAUCUUAUCGCAGGACCCAUAACCUGGCCUCAGGUUAUCCUGUUUCAUCUCCAUACAAAUGGCUCCGAAUGCUACCGACUCAGAAACUAACAACAGCAUCUCCUUCCAUUCAACAAAUCCUCAAUCACCAUUCCUAAUCGCACUCCCAUUCUUCAAACUCCCCAUCUCCAAUUUCCCCACUCCCCAACUCCCCACCUCCAUUUCCAACGCAGUUGAUCAAUGUUCCAAACUUCUCCAUUCCCUCGCUUCUCAAAACCCUAUCUUGAACAAACUACUCUCUAUUUCCUCUCAAUUCCAUGACACAUGCUUCCAGAUUCGGUGCAGUAACUAUAGGAAUAAGAGAUUGGUGAAUAAUCAUCUCAAUUUUGCUGCUGUUUUGCCUGGAGAUUCUGUGGCUGGGUUAGUGGUGGCUAAUGGACUUCAGAAUUUUUUGAACCUUUACAAUACUUUGAUUGUUUGUAGGCUUGUUCUUACAUGGUUUCCCAAUGCUCCUCCUGCUCUCGUUACUCCUCUCAGCACCGUAUGUGACCCGUAUCUGAACGUAUUCCGUGGACUUAUCCCUCCUAUUGGAGGACUGGAUCUCUCUCCCAUCCUAGCAUUUCUUGUCCUGAAUGCCUUCACCAGCACUGCUGCAGCACUCCCUGCUGAGCUUCCAAUCACAGAACAAUCUAAACAAGGUCUUGAAACAAGAUUACAGUCUACAGAUGUUACUUCUUCACAGAACAAAUGGAUGAGGCGGCUUCAAGGGAUCGGGUCAAAGACCUCCACAACUGCAGAUUAGAAUAUCACAAUGCUUUCGAUUGUACCUCUGCCUGUUUAUUUAUUUAAAUAGGUUUCUGUUGUAACUUCGGCUAUCAUAGUUCUAGGCAACACAAUUUUCGAACCUGCGAUUCCUAUGAUUUUUUUUUUUUUUUGUAAAAACCUCUGAAUUUAUUAUAAUCAUAUUAAUACCUUUUUUUAUCCGCCUUGAA